AUGCCUCUGACGGCGGCUGGCAUGCGGACGCUGAUGCGUCAGAUGCAGGAGGUGCAAGAGCACCCUGUCGAUGGUGUGCAGGUGCGGCAGUCGGACUCGAUGAACGAGUACCACUUCGACCUGGACGGUCCGGAGGGGACGCCGUUUGCGGCGGGUCGUUUUCAUGUUGUUCUCAUAUUCGACGAGCAGUAUCCAGAAGUGCCGCCAAAGGGUUUCUUCCGCACCAAGAUCUUCCACCCCAACAUCUCCGAGCGUGGCGACAUCUGCGUGAACGCGCUGAAGCGUGACUGGUCCCCGACUCUUGGGUUGCGUCACAUCCUUGUCGUCAUCCGCUGCCUUCUGAUCGAGCCGAACCCGGAGAGUGCGUUGAAUGAGGAGGCAGGACGACUGAUCUUGGAGGAGUACGCGGCAUACGAGCGCAAGGCUGCUAUGUACACUGCCAUAAACGCCGCGCGUCCGAACGGGGCGCCGCGGUUCACACCUCCCGAGGCCAAGGUGGAGAAGGCGUCUAGCUCGGUCACGGCGGAUGCCUCGGCUCCCGUAAAUGCGGACAGCGGCGCCAGCGCCACAACUCCUGCUGCCUCAGCAUCGUCCAUGGCAAACAGCAGUGCACCAUCGACGGCCACACGCAGGCUGACCCUGUCGGAGGCGAACUGCCACCCAGGUUCAGCCACAGCGGCCGAGAAGGCAGAGAAGUCGAAAAAGAAAGCGCUGCGCCGCAUCUGA